AUGAAGCAGCAGAGCUUUGCGCUUUCACCCCUGCAGCAGAAGCUGGUCGAGCCACUGGCCAGUCACGUGCCAGAGGCAAAGGCUGCGCAUGCAUGGCGCGAGCCGUUGGAGCAGGACCUGGUCUCGGAGCAGAAGUGGGUCCACGAGGGCCGGGCGCGCCACCAUGAACGGCAGGCGCAGGACGACGAGGCGCAGGACGGGAAGUGGGGCGAUCGGCGGGGCGAGGCGCAGGACGAGUGGGACGAGCAGCGGGGCGAGGACAAGAAGUGGGACGAGCUGUGGGACGAGGCGCAGGGCGAGAAGUGGAAGCAGCAGCGCCAUCAGUGGCGCGAGGCGGUGGACCAGCGCCAGCAGGCUGAGAAGCAGAAGUGGCCCGCGGACGAGAAGGAGCAGUGGCUCAGCUGGAACUGGGAUGAGGAGCAGCAGGCACAGAAGCAGAAGUGGCCCGCGGACGAGUGA